AUGUCUUCGAUGUCCAGCACAACGGCCGUCGACCCGGAGCGUGCUAAGGAAAGCAAUACGGCCAUGAUCCUAGCCGUGACUGGGACCUUCCACGCUCUCGCUCUCGUCUUUGUCGUGCUCCGAACAUAUACCCGCGCCGCUAUCGUAAAGACGAUAGGCAUUGACGAUUACAUGAUGAUCAUGUCUACGCUCUGUGCGCUGGGCGGGGGUAUGAUGAUCUUCAUUAUUCAGGCUUUCUACGGACUUGGCAGACACAAAGACACCAUCAGCAAGCCGGACCAGGUGUUCUUUUCCAAAUUCGGCUUCUUUCAAUCGAUUAUAUCCGCCAUUGCCGCUCUCGCGUUUCUUAAGAUUUCCAUUGCCUUAUCACUACUACGACUUAGUAAAAACAAGUGGUACUCGAGAUCACUAUGGGCUUUGAUUGUAUUCGUGGUACUUUAUACGAUCAUGGCGUGGCUUAGCUUCUUCUUAUAUUGUAGCCCGAUGGAGGGAUAUUGGGACAAGAGUCUCAAGCCAAAGUGCUACAACAUCAAGUUGUUUGUCAACUUUGCGCUAGUAAACACCGCGCUCAACAUCUUCACCGACGUCUGUUUCGCAUCACUUCCCGUCCCAAUCAUCUGGGUCUUGCAAAUGAAGUUGCGCACGAGGGUAUAUCUAGUCGUCGUUCUCAGUUUGGGAUACUUGGCUGUCGUCAUGGGCAUCAUCAAAGCCAUCUAUCAGAUCGCGCAACCGGGCAGCAAAGAUGGGACCUUCUACCAAAGUAUCCAGUUUUGGGGCUUUCUCCAACUGAACCUCGGCAUCAUCGCUGCCUGCGCGCCAGCGAUAAAACCCCUCGUCGGCCGCGCCCUUAAAAUAUCUUCAAGCCGUCACUACAACAGCGAUAACCUUUACGAAAACCGAUACCCCACGGGACGAUCCGGCAGAACAGGAAACAUCACCACGGGCACCGCUCGGAGACAGGGCUAUAGGGAACAAGGAAGCCAGGGGGCGCCAGACUACGAACUCGAGGACGGGCCGUUUUCACCAAGUCCAGAGUUCUACCGUACGACUAUAAAAGGUGGAAAUAACACCCCGGCGGCAGUUGCUGUGUAUCAGAAGAAGAAUAGUCUUGGCGACAGGUCGGGAAGUGAGGAGUUGAUUUUGGAGACGGGGCAUGGUUUUGGGGACAAUAAGGGUAUCAUGAGGACGACUGAAGUACACAUCCAACGCUGAGUAGCAGUGAUUGAGGGGUGCUCAACUUGGCUUAGCUUCCGAAAGAUGAUGGAUCGUGAGGAUAUACGAUUGAACACGCUUGAGCCGACCAUCAUUUGAUGUGAG